GUCGACUAGUAGUGAUUAGUGAAGUGAAGUGAAGUCAGUUGGAUUUUGAACGUGACGGUGUAAAGUCAUUAGUAUUUGGGAAGCGAGUUUCUAAAUAAAAAUUUUGGUGGUGAUUUUUAUUUUCAUUUUUUUUGUUGAAAUUUAAUUAGAAGAAAUUAGUAUGGCUGCUCCAGCAUUAAAAGAUUUACCAAAGGUUGCAGGUGAUUUAAAAUCACAACUUGAAGGUUUUAGUGCUGAAAAAUUGCAUCAUGCUGAAACACAAGAAAAAGUUGUAUUGCCAACCGCUGAAGUUAUAAAAGAUGAAAAAAAUCGUCAAAAUGUUUUAAAAGAAAUAAAAGGAUUCGAUACAGUGUUCUUAAAUCCAACAAAAACUGUUGUUAAAAAUGUUUUACCAACAGCAGAAGAUGUUGCAGCAGAAAAAAGCCAGAAAACAUUAUUUGAUGGUAUUGAAAAAUUCGAUCAUGGUAAAUUAAAGCAUGCCGAAACCAAUGAAAAAAAUCCAUUACCAGACAAAACAGCGAUUGAGCAAGAAAAAGAAAAAUUAAAUUUCAUCAAUGGUAUUGAAAAUUUUGACUCCAGUAAACUAAAACAUACUGAAACUCAAGAAAAGAAUCCUUUGCCAACCAAAGAAACUAUUGAGGAAGAAAAGAAGGCAUAAAAAAUUAAAAGAAAAAAAAUUUGAACAAGCAUGACUUAAAAAAAUCAUGUGAACACUUUUAUAAAUUAACAUUAAAAAAAAUUAUUUUCAUUUAAAAUAAUUUAACAUUUUUUUUUUAAAUUUAAAAUAUUUUUUUUUCUUAAUUUGUAAUAUUAUUUUUAUGAAAAAAUAUUAAAAAAAAAAUUAUUCAAUUCUUAGAUAUAAAAUAUUGUAAUGCUUAAAAUAUGGCUUAAAAAAUAAUAAUUUAUGUGUAGUAGCGUUUAAAAAGAAAAAAAAACUGUAUUAUUUUUAUGUAUAAGAAUAAAAUUAACAAAAUAUAAUUUAAACAAUGUUUCUUAAUUGUUUUAUUAUUACUUUUUUUUUGAUUUCAGUAAUGAUUUCAAGAUUUAUUUUAAAUAAGUAUAUGAAAUAUCUAAAUGUUUUUUAUAUUUGAUUUUUUCUUUAAAUUAAUAUAUUUUUAUAUAAGUAAACUAUUUUUAUAUAAAAAGAACAUAUUACAUAUUAUUAAGAGAAAAUAUUUAUAUUAAUAUAUAAAAUUUUUAAGAGCAAAUGAAAAAAUGAAUAAAGAAAAAUAAUUUUAAUAAAUCUUUAUUUAAAAAACAAAAAACAAAAAUAUAAAACACUGAUCAUAAAAAUAUGAGAAAAACAAAUCCAAUUAUAAUUAUUAUUAUUAACAUCAUUAAAAAAGAAAAAAGUAAAAUGAAAACAUUAAACCGCUCUCUUUUAACAAACUUUUCAGGGAGUUUAAUUAAAACAUUAAAAUAAAAACUUAUGUUAUAAAAAAUAAUUAUAUUAUACAAUUUUAUUAUCAUUUUUUUUUUAUAAUUAUAUAAUUAUUAUUAUUGUAAAAUCAAUCAAUUUUUUUUAUAAUUCGUAAUUUACUGUUAAGAAAACAAAAAUCAUAUAAAUAUAUAUAUUUAUAUAUAAUCGAUAAUCAAUCAACUAACAACUAUUGAAAAUCUUUAUUUAACAAAAAUUAAAAAUUAUAUAAUUAAAUGUGUAAAAAAAAACGAAGGAAUGAAUUUUAUGUGAAUUAUACUUUUAUAAUAUAAUAUAUAUUAUAUUAAUCCAAAAUAAAAGCAAACUUUUUUUAUUUUAAUAAAAUAUUAUUAUUAUAUAAACCACAAAUUAAAUUAAAAAUGAAAUUUUCUAUUUAUCAUAACUGCAAAAUUUAUAAAAUUUUUAAAAAAAUAUAUAUAUAAAUAAUAUUAAAAAUAUAUUAAUUAUAAAAUAAAAAAAAAAUUUUGUAAAUUUUGUACUUAAUUUUCGAUCCACCACUCUUUUUGAUAGAGGUUAUGAUAAAUAUUAAAUAUUUACUAAUUAUACUAACCUAAUUACUUUUAAUAUACAUUAAAUAUUUUAUUAAAAAUUUCAUAUAAAAAAACAUUAACAGAUUAAAAUAUCCUCCUAUAAUAUUGUCACCUACAAUAUAUUAUAUAUUUAUAUAACAUGAACAAACAAAAGAAAUAAAAUAAGUUUUGUACUAAUUAAAAAAUUAUGAAAACUAAUUUAAAAAAUUAACAAAUAUCUUUAAAAAAUAUAUAUAUUUAAUUAUAAAAAAGAAAAAUUUUAAAAACAACACGAAUAAAAAACACUAUAAUUAAAAAUAUACAAAUAUAUUAAAAAAAAUUAUUUAACAGAAAAAAAAAUAAUAUGUAUUAAACAAAAAUCUAUAUAUAAAUAUAUAUAUAAACACUAUAAAUAUAUAUUCUAUAUAAAGAAUUUUGACUAACUUAACCUAAUAUAAACAUCAAUUAUUAAUAAUUAAAUAAAAACUAAAAAAAAAAUUAAUUAAGAUAAAAUAUAUUAUAAUUUUUAUAAAGAAAACCGACUACAAAUUAAAACACUUAUAUAAAAAUUACAUAAAUCCAUAUUUUAGUAGUUUUUUAGAUUUAAGAAUUUAAAAUGGAAAGCAACAAUUUUUAAACAAUUAAAACUUUAAAUAACAUUACAUUAUAUUUAUAUAUUUCCUUAACAAUUUUAAUUAUAUAUAUAUAUACAUAUUGAGAAAACAUUUAUAUCAAUAAAAAAAAUAAAUUGACGAAUUAAAUUUAAAAAAAAAAGUACUAAGACAAAACAAAAACAUCAUGCAUUAUAUCAUACGUACAUUCAAAAACAAAAAAAAAAUAAAUAUAAUUAUUAAACUAAAUUUUAAAAAUUUAAACAUAAAAUUUUAUACUACCAACAUAAUAUAUAUAUGUGUUUCAAAUUAAUAAAUGUAUUAAUAAUAAAAUAAAAAUAAAUUAAAAUUAAUAUA